AUGACCCCGAGCGCCACGAACGGGGUUCACAACGGCCAGCAAGACGUAUCUGAAUAUUCCUUAUCCGGUGUCUUGCACUUCCUGCAAAAAGAAUGGCGAAAAUACGAGCACGACCGAAAUACUUGGGCCAUUGAGCGGGCAGAGUUGCGUGCACGGAUUGCGCUGCUUGAAGGAGAGCGCCGUGGCGUAGAAAAUGUGAAGAAUGACCUGAUGCGGCGCAUCAAGAUGCUUGAAUACGCGCUUCGCCAGGAGCGACUGAAGAGCUUAUCUGAUGCUUCCCACACGUCUGGGAAGCAGGCGGAGAGGAUUGCAGCAAACGAAUCUCACACGCCACAGUACGAGGAGGCAGGUACUACAUUCGGUGCGCAACGCCUCGCGACACCGGAGCUGUUCCGCGCGAAUGCAUGCACAAAGAAUGCCAGCAUGACGCAGAGCAACGUCAAGCUACCACUUGGUGUCAAGGACUCCAAAGGACGCGCAAAGAGUCGUGCAUAUUUACAGCAAUGCUUGCAAGAGAUUGCUUACCUUACCAGUGCCACGACCUUGAAUCCACUUUCAAACGAUGCCGAAAGCGUUGAUACGGGCAGCGAGCAAAGCAGCCUGCCUCGGCCCCACAUGUCCUUGCUGGAGGAAGAUGCGUCGAAUCAUGUGGAGCAUUUGGAAGGGCGCGAGGAAAAGCGUGCUACAGAGAGUGCCGCAACGCAUCUCUUGCCCGAAAAGAAGCGCGAAGCAGAGAGCGCUGCCACGCCACCUGCACUCGAGUACUUUACCCCUACUCAAUCCGAGCCGAAUCCAUUGUCUACAGACCUCGUCAAGAAUCUAACCGAUAUGAGUGCGCUGGAGAAGGAAAAAGAGAAGCAUGACGCUGUGAAAAGCGGCGACGCUGCACUGGCACCGUCGCCAGUGCCCGUCGCCGACGUCCAACUUUGGAACUUGAAAGGCACUAUGCGCGCCCACUUUGACGUCAUCCGCGCGUUGACGUUUGAAGGGGACCGCAACGGGUUUUUCACGGGCUCGGACGACUGUACGAUCAAACAAUGGGCCUUGUCGUCGAUCGAUCCCGCACAGUCCCAGCCGGUACCGCAGAACUUGAAGACGCAGCAUGUGUUUACGUUUAGAGGCCACACUGCAGCGGUCACAUCUUUGGCUUACUCGAAAGAGCAGCAGUGUUUGUAUAGCAGCAGCAUGGAUUUUACCAUCCGCGCUUGGCCGGUUGCUACUGCCGAGGAUCGCGCCGGUGCCGCCCAGUCCACGCUAAUUGCCAAGACACCAGAAAUUGUGUGGAAUAUUGUGCUGCUGCAGCACCACGGUAAAGAGGAUGCGCUCCUCGCAUCGACAUGCGCCGACGGACUGGUCCGACUAUGGCGCGUGGACACGGAAGAGCCGCAACUCUACUUGAGCUGGGACUAUUUCGGCACCGAUCGAAGUGUGUGUGUGGAUGAAGGUUCAGCGCAGUAUAACAACAGCGAGCUCCCUGUCCCGACAUUUAUUACAGCAGUGCCAGCCGACUUGCGUAUAUGUGCAGUAAGCUACACGAAUGGCUGUGUCAAGACAUUUUCGGUUGAGACGGGCAACCAACUAAAAUGCCUCACCUCUCCAGAGAAAUUGGAGAAGCGGUCUGAUAUUCAUACCAACAUGCUGGGGGCGCAUCCAACGCUGCCGCUUGUGUUGACUGCACAGGAAAACAAUUAUAUACGCAUGUUGAAUGUCACAACAGGCGAGUGCAUCAUGGAACUUUGUGCACACAAUGACAGCGUAUCGUGCAUUGAUGUCGAUCCUUCUGGCUUGACGCUGAUGAGUGGCAGCCACGAUUGUACACUGCGCUUUUGGGACAUGAUCAGCACUGCUGCACAAAACGAGGCCGAGUCGGGGAAUAAAAACAGUGCCGCCAAUCCUGGCCAACCUUCGGACCCCUACUCGGCUGUGUGUUUCCAAGAAGUAAAGCCGCACAGCGCUAAAGACAACGAAGGCAUUCUUGUUGCCUUAUACCACCCUACUGCUCCAUACGUGGCUACGGCCGGCGCCGACGGCAUGGUGCAGCUCUUCGGAUAG